CGCCGUUGGGCAGACGGGCAGUUCAGGCGCCGUUGGGCAGACGGGCAGUUCAGGCGCCGUUGGGCAGACGGCAGACUCUGGCCGGCUGAGACGCACUGUAGGCCUGGUGCAUGGUGCCGGAACUGGAGGUACCGGGCUAAAGACACGCACCUUCAGGCUAGUGCGGGGAGAAGGAACAGGGCAUACUGGACCCUGGGGAUGCACAUUAGGCCUAGUGCGUGGUGCCGGAACUGGUGGUACCGGGCUGGGGACACGCAUCUCAGGGCUAGUGCGGGGAGCAGCAACAGGACGCACAGGACUCUGGAGACGCACAGGAGGCGUGGUGCGUGGUGUAGGCACUGGUGGUAAUGGGCUGGAGACACGCACCAUAGAGCUAGUGCGUGGAGGAGGCACAGGGCUCUGAAGACGCACAGGAAGCCUGGUGUGUGGUGUAGGCACUGGUGGUACUGGGUUGGGGCGGGGAGGUGGCGCCGGAAAUACCGGACCGUGCAGGCGUACUGGCUCCCUUGAGCACUGAGCCUGCCCAACCUUACCUGGUUGUAUGCUCCCCGUCGCCCGACCAGUGCGGGGAGGUGGAAUAACCCGCACCGGGCUAUGUAGGCGAACCGGGGACACCAUGCGUAAGGCUGGUGCCAUGUAAGCCGGCCCGAGGAGACGCACUGGUGACCAGAUGCGUUGGGCCGGCUUCAUGACAUCCGGCUCAACGCUCAAUCUAGCCCGGCCGAUACAUGGAGCUGGAAUGUACCGCACCGGGCUAUGCACGUGUACAGGAGACACCAUGCGCUCUACUGCGUAACACGGUGUCUGCCCGUACUCUCGCUCUCCACAGUAAGUACAAGGAGUAGGCGCAGGUCUCCUACCUGACUUCGCCACUCUCCCUUUAAGCCCCCCCCCCCAAGACAUUUUUGGGUUGUACUCACGGGCUUCCAGCCUUGCUUCCAUGCUGCCUCCUCAUAUCGCCUCCUCUCGGCUUUAGCUGCCUCCAGCUCUUCACGAGGGAGGCGAUAUUCUCCCGGUUGUGCCCAAGGUCCCUUUCCAUCCAGUAUCUCCUCCCAUGUCCAUGAAUCCUGUGUAGGUGGGUCCUGUUGCCGCUUGACACACCGCUUGGUCCUAGAUUGGUGGGUAAUUCUGUCACGAUCGUCUUGAUAAGAGAGAGAGGACCAAGGCACAGCGCGUGAAAAAUACAUCUUCUUUUAAUGAAGGAAAAAAUAAACACUUACAAAAUGAACAAAAGUGAAGCUAAACUGAACUAAGUGCACAUAUGCAACAUAGAACAUAGACAAUUACCCACAAAACCCAAAUGCCUAUGGCUGCCUUAAAUAUGGCUCUCAAUCAGAGAGAAUAAACCACAGCUGUCUCUAAUUGAGAACCAAUCUAGGCAGCCAUAGACAUACAAACACCUAGACAAGACACUGCCCCAUUAAACAUACAAACCCCUAGACAAACCAAAACACAUACAUCCCCAUGUCACACCCUGACCUAACUAAAAUAAUAAUGCAAACAAAGAUAACUAAGGCCAGGGGCCUGUUGCACAAAAGUAGAAUUAAGACAUCCGGGAUAAAUGACUCAGCUGAGCUCAAUGAAGCCAAAACAUGUGCGUCCAGGCUUAAUUGGUUGCACAAAGACCAAGCCAGGAUGAGCAGACACGGAUUCAUUAAACCAGGUGAAACCAAUCCUGGAUAGGUGCGCGCUCACGGCUCACUCAAAUAGACCCCGCCACAGAUCACAGAUUAACUGAUUUACCAUGGCAACUACAGCCGCGUACUUUUCCCCGUCGGAAGCACAAAUCCUCAUGGAGGCAUACGAGGAGGUAAAAGAUAUAAUUAAGAAGAAAGGCAACACCGCCACAGUGAUAAAGCAAAGAGAAAAAGCGUGGCAAAGUAUUGCAGACCGCCUGAAUGCAUUAAACAUGAACGGGCCAAAGCGGACAUGGCAGCAGGUCAAAAUCAAAUACAAGAACAUUCUGCAGAAUGCAGUGAAAAAGAAUACCCACAGACAAGGCACGGGUGGUGGGUCACCAAAGGCUGACCUUACCCCAGCAGAGGACAUGGCCUUGGAGCUAAAUAAAGGCAGGCCCGUCUUAGAGGGGAUCCCUGGGGGGAAAGAGACGAGCAUAGGUUCCUCCCAAGAUGCCACCCGCUUCAUUCAAGUGUCUGGCAGCACUGUGUUCCUGUUAGAGCCACCAGCACAAGCACCAGACGAUGCUGAUCCAGGUGAAGGCCCCAGUGCAACAGCACAUGAUGGAGACGAUGAUGAGGAGGAGACCAUCUCUCUGGAUUCCAGAAGGCAUGAGGACCCAGAUGCUAUACAGUGGGAAAACCAGCCUGGCAACAUAAGCUCACAAGCUAUCAGAAAGUUGUAUGGCAACCACCUCCGGCGCCAAAUAGAACUGGCAGACAUGGACAUUCAGUACAAGAAGAAAAAGAUGGAAAAUCUUGCACUGGAGUCCGAAAUAAAAAAGAGGACAAUUAGGAAACUGGACCUUGAAAUAAAAAAACUUGAGAGGGAGCUCCAAGAAGACGACACAGCUCAAAAUAAAAAUUAGCAAUCAGUACAACCAAGUCAUCGUUAUAAGGCAUCGCCCUCUUUUGCCCACCCCCCCAGCACCAGGUGUGGCCACUAGCCUAUAUGAAGGCCCAAAAUUGUGUGUUCCUUUCUGCUCUGACAAUGGCAUGCCCAUUCGUGCGAGAUGUGGUGGAUGAAGAAGCACUUGUGCUGAGGAGAGCCUUCAGGCGAGAAAGGGUCUUCAGGGACCGGUUGGACCCACUGGCCUUCCCUGAUGACCAUCUAUAUGAAAGAUACAGGUUUUCUGCAGAUGGCAUCAGGUAUCUAUGCAGACUACUGGGUCCCAGGAUUAAGCACCGCACUGCACGGAGCCAUGCACUGAGUGUGGAGCAAAUGGUUUGUGUGGCCUUGCGCUUUUUUGCUAGUGGAGCCUUCCUGUACUCAGUGGGGGAUGCAGAACAGCUGAACAAGGCCACAAUUUGCCGCACAAUAAGGAGUGUGUGUCUGGCUAUCAAAGCAUUAGCAGAUGUCUUCAUCUCCUUCCCUGGCCACAGAAGACUCUGUGACAUCAAAGAGGAGUUCUAUAGGAUUGCAGAUGGUCUGCAAUGCUGACUGUGUGAUCAGCAAUGUUGUGGCAAAAUGGCCUGGCUCAGUCCAUGACUCCAGAAUCUUUCGGUCCUCUGAAAUCUAUCAGUGCCUAUCACAAGGUGAAUUCUCUGGUGUGUUGCUGGGAGACAGGGCGUAUGGCUGCCAGCCUUUUCUCCUGACACCUUUCACAGACCCCCAGGAAGCACAGCAGGCCUACAACCAUGCCCAUGCCAGGACCAGGGCCAGAGUUGAAAUGACCUUUGGCCUCCUGAAGGCACGCUUUCACUGCCUUCACAAAUUAAGGGUCAGCCCUGUUAGGGCAUGUGAUAUUACUGUGGCUUGUGCUGUCCUCCACAAUGUGGCCUGCCUGAGGAAGGAGAGGGCCCCCAGAGUGCCACCAGCCAUGGACUGGGACAAUCCGGCAAUCUUCCCUGAUGACGACAGUGGUCGGCUGCUGAGGGACCAAUAUGUGUUGAAUUAUUUUAGUUAGUAUGUGUGCUUUCAAUUUUGGUUAAAUAUGUCCUGCGGUGGCAGAGGAAUUUGGGUUUUUUUGGGUUCGUUUUUUUAUGAAUUUGGCCUCUUAUGAUGUUUGUGCGGUAUACUGUGUGUAAUACAAGGCUGCAGGGAGGCUACUGCAUCCAUUCAUUUGUCUGUUCAGUUGAUGUGUAUGGAUUUGUCCUGCAUUUAUUUUAGUGUGCAGACAUGCAGGGUGUGUUAUAUACAGACCUUUGAAUGUGUAUGUAUCAUUUUGUAUAAUAUGCUUGGAUUCUGUGCUUUCCAUCUUGUAGAGUCACUGUGACUUCAGUUUCGAAAGGAGCUGAUGGUUUACCUGCUUUGUUUUGUCCUUAUUCAAUAAAGGAACAUAAUGUUACACAUUGUGUUUUUAUAUUCAUA